AUGCAGGGUUUGUGGUCCCGAGCUGCUCCGUCGCGGUCGACCUGCCGCUGUGUCUCGUGUUUAAGCACGACUGCCACUGGUGUUACCUCGCGAUCAACGGCUGCUGCCAGCAAAAGACGCCUCCGCCUAGGCAAUUCGGUUACCGCACUAUAUACGAGCAUAUUUGCUGCAGCCGCCCUAGCCGAUGCCAAAGCCAAGACUCAACGUCGACAUGACUGGGAAGAGAAGAUCGCGGCUGUCAAGGCGGAGGUGAACCAAUUGGUAGACGAAGAACAAAGACUGAUCGAGUCACUACAAUCCCGGAGGAAACCUCGCGUACUCAAUCGACUGCUACACAAUGGGUCUUCCAGGGUCACUUCAAGUUUCCCUCCCGCUACUCGGCGACGAACGAUGUCGACACAGCCAACAAGGUCCUUCCACACCGAUCGCCGGCUGAUCAAUGUCGCAAGUGUGGAGAUAGCUGAGAGUUUUGAAGUGGAGGAGGAGAUGACAUACGAGGAAGAAGAGCUCGAGGAUAUUGAGAACAUGGAAGCCAGGCAUGUGUUUUUGCCAAGCUGGGUUCUUCAAGAUCCCAUGCGAAUCAAGGCUAUCCAAAAGUUGGCCCUGAGACAAUUUGCGAUUCGAAUGCUGCUGAGACCGACUAUUGCCCAUCGCUACUCUGGGCUUCCGGUGAACUACACUCGCGAUUUCGAUACCCCCAAAAUCAACGUGCCCAACCUCCUGGAAGAGCUUAACAGGCUUCGACGUCGGAUCACUGAACUUCGAACAUCGGAAAGCUCACAAUAUGAGGACUUGGUGCACGAACUUGUCACAUGGAGUCCACAAAAAUCCCAAAGGGAAUGCCAAAUCCUCGAUGCCGAGCUUCAACAAGAUCUUCGGUUAUUCAUGACCCGGCAGAUGUCCUUGGAAGAAGCUCUCUUAAGAACUUCUGAAAAUCUUCUUAAAUCGGUGGACCCAGAUCGACCAAAUGCAUUCAGGAAUAUAAUCAUCGCCUUCAGCCAAGCUCGUCAGAACGACUUGAACGACUUGCUUCUACGCACAGUACUACCGCAUCGGUUCUAUCUGAGCACAUCUCUCAUUACCACCAUUAUGGUUUUCUUUCGCAAAUCGAAAAACCUCAAAGAUUUUGAUCUCUUUCUUCGCAUGCUCACUGGGGAAGGUUGGUCUGCCAACCUAGGAGCUUUGGCGCCUUAUACACACCGAAAGGUCAACGGACUGGAUGUGGUAGUCCCCCCGAUGGACAGCAACAGCGUUCUCAUAUACUCGGAGCUGAUUACUUGUGCAUUGCGUUUCAACCAACCGGAUCGAGCAGAUGCUUGGCUCCAAGCAGCACGACGUGUUGGCUUCUUUGACAACUUCAACACACUAUUUUGUUACAUCAAAUUCUACAGCAUCAGACAAGACUGGGAGAAGGGCUCCGCAGCACUGAAACGAGCGGUCACCUACUUAGUAUCAUCCACAGGCCUUGAAAGGGACUUUGUUGAGCGCCUCGUUGUGCUCAUGGCUCAUCUUUGCGAUUCCUGUGGCCGAAAAGACGUUUCCCAAGCUUUGAUAUCUGCCGCCAUGAAUAGUGGAUUCGAUCCGUGUAUACCAUCAAUGCAGGAAGAUGUUGAACCGAUCAUUGACCCCACUUUUGUGCGUUGGGCCAAAGCUGCUCAAUCAGCGCCCAAGGAGAAUGCUGGCCGUCCUCUGUGGGAAAAAUGUUCCGAAUUUGCAUACACUUUCGGCAAUCACUUGAACGGUCUGGAGGCAUCGCAUGAUGAAAUGCGAGCCCAAAAGCUUGUAAGCCACGCUGCUUGCCAUGCACAGAAUGCCAUGAGGGCCGGUCUCGCCGGCGAUCCAUCAACACCGAAGGAUUCAAAAAUUAAAGACGACUCUGUGCCUUCGAGUUCAUCAUCUGAAGUUGCAGAACUGAAAAAUGAAGUAGCUCAACUCCGUGAGCUGGUCUUCGAGCUUCGCAAGCACCACAUUCAAGCUUCGUUCAAGAAGGACAAUUCCUACGCCCCCUCGGAUUUGACCUAUGACGAACAUACCACAUCACAAAAUCCCGAUACCCCUUCACAAGCCCCCGCUGCAGCCUCAGAACCCCACGGGUUUUCCCCCACACCCCGCAGUGUCGAGUUCCACAAAGUUACCUCCAAGCCAGGCCGUCCCAAGAAGUCUCGGAAAAAGGCCAUGGAAGAUCAUAACUUGUCCAAUUUCUGGCGUACAGCAAACCAAGCAACGCUUUAA